GUCAAGCAUGUGCCAACGUCAGAUAGUGAGAGGACCCGGAGAUUUUCUUGGAACGUGUCAGGUAGUUUUGGUUCAACGGCUCGGUGGCGACAACAUGGUGUCAACAAAACUUCGACGAUUGAGAAAGUGAGUGAGAAUGGUAUCCUUGAUCGAGCUGAGUUGAGCACAAAUAAAUCCACUCAACUCUGCUCUGCUCUUUGUUUGUUUUUCUUUGUGGCCAUUUUGGAUUGAGAAAGCAUGAGUUCCUCUACUACUACUACUACAACUACAACUACUACAACUACCGGUACAGAACUGUGGCGCCACUUGCCUCUGCUACUGCAAAAAAGUUUGAUUUUCUGCACUACUAGUACAGGCGGAAGUGGCAAAUCGAGUGUGAUUUAUCGGCUCCAACAAGAGCAUUCGACAUUGAAAUCGUUGCGAUUGGUGGGUGUAGAAGACACGGUUUGCAUUCAAGCACUGAGCGAUGCCUUAAGACAAAAUACGACGCUCGAACAAGUCUCGAUUUGUGGGUCGUUUCUACAGACACUCACGCUGAGUACUGUGGAUAGCAGUUCGAGUGGUCCCAUCAUGAUGUUGUUUGACGCCGUCGGCAGUUUGCCUCAUUUGACGCAAUUGACAUUACAGGGAAGUGAAGAUGCCGAAGCCUUUUCCGUGGCCGCAUUGACACGGUUGUUACAAGUCCAAACCAAUUUGGAGACUUUGUCGUGUCAGUACAUUGACUUGGUGGCAUCGACAUCACAAUCACAAGACCAAGACCAAUUGACACUGUUCACAAAAGCACUCGAACAAUCCACACGCCUCCAAAAAGUCCAAAUGACCAGUUUACGACUCGUACUGGCCAACAAUAACACACCCCACACGACACUGGAUCCUAUCAUCCAGGGGCUAGGACAUUGUCAACACGUCGAAUUGGCCAUGCGACAUCGAUCCACCAUUUCCAAACAAGCACUCGAGGCCAUGCUGUUGACAACAACCUCCAACUCCAAUUUACAGUCACUGGUUCUAGGCCGACGCAUUUCCUUGACGACGCAAGAAUUGGACACGAUUCUACGCUGUCAACAGGAGCUACAAGAAAUACAAUUGGAUCAUGUGCAAUCGAACGACAGUAACAAUAAUAAUGACUGGGCCACCACCAUGGCCGCCGUCCUGCACCAAUCAUCCUUGAAACGAAUCGAUGUCACGUUUGCUACUCCUUGUUGGACGACCACAACGACACAAACCAACUCGGCGUCACCACCAUUGCGUUUGACGGAAGCACUCAAGCACAAUACUUGUCUCCAAAAAUUGUGUUUACGAGGCGUCAUUCCCGACGACCAAACUCACCAUUAUGUUCCUUUUUUGCAAGUCUUGGAACACGACAAUACCACAUUGGAAGAAUUGGUUCUUACGCAUCCGGAAUGCAACCACCACAACAAUAAUGACAACCGCCAACGCAAAUUGCAAUUCUUUCUCCAACUCAAUCGACAACCCCUAUUGAAUCAACAAGGAUUCCGGACUCUGUUACGAUCACUCGACGAAGCCAUUCCACCACAUCUCGUGCUGCCGUGUCUGCAGGCGGCGCAAGCAGUGGACGAGGCACUCCAUCCGCCAGAUGUUGAUGAUGACGACGACGAUGAUGAUGAUCUCGAGGAAGAUUUUUACGGAUACAUUUACCAUUCGCCGUCUUGGCAAACACAACACAAAAAGAAAAAACGGGGCACGGUGAGUGCCUUGUAUUAUCUACUCCGGCAACAACCCUCACUCAUUCAUCUGGCAUGUCAGCAGCAACAAUCUCGACGACAAAAGCAACAACAACAACCAUCUGUUCAAGGAGCCAGUCCACAGCUACUAUUGUUGGACGAUGAUAUUGUGGCACUUUGGUGAAAGAGAGGGCGACGGUUCUAGUAGUGUCAUUUUAGAAUAUCAAUAUACAUUAGCUAGCUAGCAAUUGCUAAGAAUACUAAAACAACAACGAUCCAUAAUGCAUAAUAAACGA